AUGGUGUUAAUCAUCAAGUAGGGCAUAAGUAUAUAUAAUGAAUUAAUUAUAUGUACUUAUACAUUGCAAAAAAUAGUAAAAGACACAAUAAAUGGUUAAAAUAUAUAUAUGUAAUGUAGCCGAAUUCACUUCGACUACCAAAAAUUAUGAAUGAAAAUAAAAACCUUAUCUGAUACUCUAAUAUGCAAUGAUCAAUUUGCAGCGCCAAUAAUUGUACACGGCGCUCACGAUAAUUAAUGUUGUCCCUUGGCGCGCAUUCAUUUCAUUUACAUUAUAUGUAUUAUAACAGUAUUUUGGAGAUAAUAAACCGCUUCUGUAAUAACUUUUCAAUUUUCUCUAGAAUGAUUUUAAAUUAAUCUUAACUAAAUUCAGUCAGAAGUCUGAAUGAGUGGAAAACACUCAUUUCAUCUGAUAAUUCGUUGAAAAUCAAAGAAGUAAUGACAACGACUAAACACUGGAAACAAUAUCUUUUUUGGUUUGCCCAUGAACACGUUGAUUUUCGAGUUCCCGAAAUAAAAUCUAUUCUUAACAUGUUUAAUAUAAGUACCUGUGCUUAUCCCAACCGGAGUUGUGAAGAACAUCCUUAUUGGAUCGUCAAUUUACCUUCAGAAAAUAUUGCUCAUCAAAUUGCAAGUAGAGCAGUAUCUGUGCGAUCCUGUAUUGAAUUAUGGGCACAUAGCAAAGAUUAUGAAGAUUUGCAUAAAAAAUUGAGGAACUAUCCUAUUACAGAGAUUAAAAAGUAUGGUGGACCACAAAAAUCAUUUAAAGUAAUAGUUGAAACAUUUUGCAAACAUUUCUCACAAAGUGAAAAAGUAAAUAAAAUUGAAUCUUUUAGUUAUUUGCCAUUAGAAGGACCAGUGAAAUUAGAUAAUCCAGACACAACAUUAUGUUACAUAGAAUUCUAUGGAUUAAACCCUAAUAAGAUUCCUGAUAAACCUUAUGAAUUAUUUUUUGGUAGAUGGAUUACAAAUGGGCAAAGAGACUUAAUCCAAAAAUUAUCAUUGAAAACUAGAAAAUUUAUAGGCAAUACAUCUAUGGAUCCCCAACUGUCACUAAUAAUGGCAAAUCAAGCUCAAGUUCAGAAAGGGGAUAUUGUUCUUGAUCCAUUUGUUGGAACUGGAUCUUUGUUAGUCGCAGCUUCCCAUUUUGGAGGAUACACAUUAGGAACAGACAUAGAUUAUUUAAUGCUGCAUGGCCGUACAAGACCUACUCGAAAAAUGCAGAAGAUUAGGGAAAAGGAUGAAAGCAUCGCAGCGAACAUGAAACAGUAUGGAACAAGUUCAUAUUAUAUUGAUGUUGUGGUCUCAGAUUUUUCUGUUCCUUUGUGGCGUUCUGAUAUGACUGUAGAUGCUAUAAUUACAGACCCUCCUUAUGGUAUAAGAGAAGCAACAGAAAAAAUUGGUACAACGAAAUUAAAUCCAAUAAUAGAAGAACACCAAGCUUCUUCUCAUAUUCCUUCUAAAAUUGAUUAUGGUUUACCUGAAAUCUAUAAAGAUUUGUUAAGUUUUUCUGCUAAACACCUUAAAAUAAAGGGUAGAUUAGUAUGUUGGUUUCCUUUAUUUAGGGAUCAGUAUUCAGAAAAUCAGUUACCAAAUCAUCCAUGUUUAGAAUUAAUAGCCAAUUCCGAACAAGUACUUAGCAAUUAUACUAGUCGUAGAUUGUUGACUUAUAUAAAAACAAAAGAUCCUAAGGAAUCGGAUGAAAUAAUGUGUGCAAAUUUAACUGAUUUUCGGACAAAAUAUUUUGCAUUACGAAAUGAGAGCCGAAAAGAGAAACGAUUGAAGAAGGCCACAGAAAAAGCCAAGAAAAGAGAGCUGUGGGAACAGAAUAAUAAAGAAAAUGCAAACAGAUGACUCUGUAAUUUUAUGUGUAAUAAACGUUUAUUAUUUUUUUUUAAAUCAUUGUCUAAAAGUAUAAUUUAUUUGAAUUGUUGCCUUUUACGUUGAUUUAUCCAUCUAGAGAAUCAUAAAAGACGUGCGGGAAUGUCUAAUAUAUUUACUAAUGAAGAGAUGAAUCUGAAUAAAAAAACAAUAGAAGUCUUGGUAUUUUGAACUGAUCCUCAGUAGUUCUAUUAAAUUAUAACUGUUACAAAGUUAUAAAGUUGUCUGUCUUAUGGUCUAAUAUUGUUUCCUACAAUAAAGUGUUCUCCAAUUGGAUUUCAUCAAUUAUUUAACUAAUAAAUUAUGCUAUAUUUUACGUAGCAAAUAUUUCAAUACAUUUGUAUUAGUUUGCUUCACCAUUCAUAGGAUGAUUAUGUAAAUAUGUUUCAAUUAAUCACAAUAAAUUGCAUUUGUAUAUAAAUUGUGAGGAAUGAAUGGUACAUUUACAUAUGUUACAAUAUUUAAACAUAUACAUACAUAUAAAUUUGCAUAUCUAAACAUCAAGUUGCAAUUGUCCUAGUAAUCCUUCCACUGUUUUAAUUUGUUCAUCUGAAACUUUUGAUUGAUAUUGCUUUUCAAUUUGAUUAGCUGCCCAUUCGCUUAAUUUUAUAGCAUCUUUUUUCUUAGAUGAAGGGCAUUUAGGAGAAGUAGCAAUAUUAUUUGU